AUUAUUUUUAGAAAGGGUUCAUCAGACUAGCUUAUGAUUUUGCAUAUUCUUUUAGACAAGGGUAAAGGUUCUUCACAUAGCUGAAAUUUAGAACAAUUAAGAUUGAUAAGAGCAAUAAAUAGAGAAAGUCUUUCAAUAUUGAAAAUAUAUGUGGGCCAUGAGAGACAAAUAAUAAGUUUAAUAAUAGAGUUAGUAUUAGAGGUUUACUAAAGGGAAAAAUUAUAAGGCAAAUAUAAUUUUUCGAGAUGCUUGCAAGUCUAAAUAGGAUGUUUGAAUUUGAAAAGAUGAAGAAUAAAUUGAAUUUACUAUCAAUCUUACAAC